GGUUGUUGGAGAGUGAUGCACUGGCGUAUCCCGGCGGUUGCCUAGUAACGCGCUGGCAGUGGGCGCCGUAGAGAGAUCUCUAUGGUGGGCGCUCCAUUAAAACCGUUGGCGAUCCUGACCUUGGCGUCGUGAAUGCGCAAAAGCACACAGACUGUGCAAAGCAGGAGAUAAGAGUAAAGAUCUCUGUGUUGAUACUGAAACAACAUUUAUACUGAAUUUUUUCACACACAGCCUCACUGCUUUAUAGCGAGACUGACGGGCAUGGUAUGGAGGAAAUCUGGAGAUGGAGCGCUUAUCAGCUUCUGUAAACGCAGAUCUAUGUGCACUGCAAUGAAAAGUGGAAGUGGGGGCAGUACAUACCUGGCUGAGGUGUAUUUGGAUUUGGUAACCAUCAGAGUCAGAGCCACAGUGAGUGAUGUCUGUUUGACAGGGUUCGUGCAGCAGCACUGAGCAGACACUACAGUGUGUAUUUGUGUUGUGCACAGGGCACCGUCUUGCCCAGACCAUGUGGCUGGCUACAUUUAGAGACCAUCUGUUGCCUGCACACCUGCUACAUCAGCAAGGGACUGUAACCAUCACCCACUGUGCUCUUCUUUGGUGGAUAUUAUGUUCCUGCUGGUCAUUUACUAAGGCAACAAGCCAGAAAUUCUACCCGACUGUCACCACCCAGUUUGGGAAACUACGAGGUCUCAGGGUUCCCGUGCCCAGCGAGGUGCUCAGGCCUGUUGAUCAGUAUCUAGGGGUCCCAUAUGCCGCUCCACCUGUGGGAGAGAAGCGCUUCAUGCCCCCUGAGCAGCCCUCCUCUUGGUCAGGUAUCAAAAAUGCUACCCACUUCAUGCCCGUGUGCCCUCAGAACAUCCACAACAACGUGCCGGAGAUCAUGAUGCCCAUAUGGUUCACCUACAACCUGGACACAGUAGCCACAUACAUUCAGGAUCAGAGCGAGGACUGUUUAUAUCUAAACAUCUACGCUCCGACAGAGGACGAUAUAAGGGACUCUGAAGCUCGACCUGUCAUGGUCUACAUUCAUGGAGGCUCGUAUAUGGAGGGCACCGGGAACAUGAUGGAUGGCAGUGUGCUCGCCAGUUAUGGGAAUGUUAUUGUUGUCACUCUCAACUACAGAAUUGGAAUAUUAGGCUUCCUCAGUACUGGUGACCAGGCAGCAAAAGGAAACUAUGGGCUCCUGGACCAGAUUCAAGCUCUUCGCUGGAUCAGUAAGAAUAUUGGUUACUUUGGAGGAGACCCAGGGCGGAUCACAGUGUUUGGAUCUGGGAUCGGCGCAUCCUGUGUCAGUCUGCUAACACUGUCCCACCACUCAGAGGGUUUGUUUCACAGAGCAAUCAUUCAGAGUGGUUCAGCCUUGUCCAGCUGGGCUGUCAACUACCAACCGGUCAAGUACACUCGUAUGCUGGCUGAGAGGGUUGGCUGCAAUGUGUUGGACACCGUAGACAUGGUCUGCUGCCUGCAGAAGAAGAGUGCUAAGGAGCUGGUGGAGCAGGACAUCCAACCUGCACGAUACCGGGUGGCUUUUGGCCCUGUCAUUGAUGGAGACGUCAUCCCAGAUGACCCAGAGAUCCUGAUGGAGCAGGGCGAGUUCCUUAACUAUGAUAUAAUGCUCGGGGUUAAUCAGGGAGAGGGACUGCGCUUUGUUGAGAACGCUAUGGACCUGGAGGACGGUGUGUCAGGCAGUGACUUUGACUUUGCUGUGUCCGACUUUGUGGACAGUUUGUACGGCUACCCAGAGGGGAAGGACACACUGAGGGAGACGAUUAAAUUCAUGUACACAGAUUGGGCAGACAAAGACAACCCGGAGACCAGGAGGAAGACCCUGGUGGCUCUUUUCACUGACCACCAAUGGGUAGAGCCCUCAGUGGUGACAGCUGACCUUCACGCCCGCUACGGCUCACCUACGUACUUCUACGCCUUCUAUCACCACUGUCAGAGCCUCAUGAAGCCUGUGUGGUCAGACUCAGCACAUGGUGAUGAGGUGCCUUAUGUGUUUGGCAUCCCCAUGGUGGGCCCAACUGAUCUGUUCCCCUGUAACUUCUCCAGAAAUGACAUCAUGCUCAGCGCUGUGGUUAUGACAUAUUGGACCAACUUCGCUAAGAGUGGGGAUCCUAAUAAGCCAGUGCCACAGGACACGAAGUUCAUCCACACCAAGGCCAACCGCUUCGAGGAGGUAGCCUGGUCUAAGUACGACCCUUACGACCAGCUAUACUUGCACAUUGGCCUAAAGCCUCGAAUCCGUGAUCAUUACCGCGCCACCAAGGUGGCCUUCUGGAAACACCUUGUCCCCCAUCUCUACAACCUCCAUGAUAUGUUCCAUUACUCGUCAACCACCACCAAGGUCACCCCACUGGAUCCCACCCAGUCCAAUAGCAAGAGGUCAGGCAGCAAUGGGCGGGCUCCUGUAUCUACUGCCCACAGUGAUGGCGAAGGAGGGAGGGAGAUGGGUCCUCUGAUCAUGCCGAACCCGAGAGAUUACUCCACAGAGCUUAGCGUCACUAUUGCUGUAGGGGCAUCGUUGCUCUUCCUCAACGUCCUGGCCUUUGCAGCUCUGUACUACCGCAAAGACAAGCGCAGUCGGCAGGAUACGUCCCAGCAGCCAAGUCCUCAGCGUGACGGCAAAGGCAACAGUGCGAGCCACACCACCACUGUAGAUGAAACCCUGUCAUCUCAACAAAGGAGCCAGUGCGAGGCCCUCCACAAUCCUCUUCACAUCUCACCCAGCUUGGAUUACUCACUUACCCAGCGCCGCUCCCCUGACGACAUCCCUCUGAUGACCCCCAACAACAUCACCAUGAUCCCCAACUCCCUGAUGGGCCUGUCCAGCAUGAGCCCAUACAGCACCUUCCCUGCUGGGUACAGCUCUGCAGGCCUGCCCAGCACCCACUCUACCACAAGGGUAUAGCCUGGCAAGAGAUGUAGAGGAGAAUUGUGACACACAUGAAAUACAGAAAUGUAAAGCUGUAGUUAGAAUGUAUACAGUAGGUAAAGUAGGAUUGAAUAUGUUUGUUCUGUCUUUUCCAGAGGUGCACAGCCGCCAACAUCCUGCCUUUGCUCUCUCAUAAUGGGAAGUCUAACUGCAGAGUCAUUUUAUAGUAAUCAUUUUCAAAGGCAGUCAAAAAGAAAAAGUGCAUUUCAUUUUCCACUUUGGCUUUUUGGGACUUUACCUAGCAAGAACUUAGUAUAAUGUUUAUACAGUUGGAUUUGUAUGGAAAGCUUUUUCUUACUCUGUAAUAUCUAUUUUGAUCUCGUGGAACAAAGUGACAUUAGAACUUGUGGACAGAGAUGAGAUCUGGGAAAAGCUGAAGAGCUGUAUUAUUAUUACUAUUAUCAAGCUAUUUUAUACACAUUUCUCAUAGUACAUGGCUUAUUAUGAAAAUGUAUUUUUACUGUAAUUAUUUUAAAAUGUCUUGUACCUCAUUCACAUAAGGAAUUACUGUAGGGUCAUAACAACAGUGGACUGAAAUCUUACUCAAAUACUGGUCACAUGUGGUAAAAUUGUCCAUUUUACCCAAAAUAUUUCUAUCUGGUUGU